CUUGUCUCUUAAGAGUUAAGUCUCUUUUUCUUUUUAAUUUUUUCUCCGAAACCAGAAAAUAUAUAAAUUCCCUGGACCUCCGAUAUAAUCGAAAUUCUUUCCUUCUCCGAUCACCACCACCACCGCCGCCGUAACCAUGGCAACUCCGUCGUCCACGGCGGCAGCCACAACGAACAUUAUGCUCGCAAUCUACGAGAAGAAAACCAAUUCAUUAGACCUCUACCGUCCUAUACGGAACUACAUAGUGAUCAAUUACGGGGAGCGAGAGGCUCAGAACCUGGAGGAUGAUCUCCAAACCCUCAAAGAACUCCGUGCUGAUGUGGAACGCGGCCCCACGCCCGCCGAUUCGUCUCUCACUGCUCGCCGUGAUCUGCUCCAGAAGUACUUCAGAGCUCUCUGCGCUGUAGAGUCUCGGUUCCCGAUAUCUCCCGAUAAAGAACAUAUCCAUGCUAUUUCCUUCACUUGGUUUGAUGCUUUUAAGAAUAAACAGAAAGCUUCUCAACAGAACAUCCAUUUAGAAAAGGCUGCAGUGAUGUUUAAUCUAGGGGCUGUGCAUAGUCAAAUGGGUCUGAGUUUUGAUCGGUCUGGGGUUGAGGGGCGGAAGCAGGCAUCUCAUGCUUUUAUAGCUGCUGCUGGGGCAUUUGCCUACCUAAGGGAUAAUGUGUCUAUGAAAGCAUCUAUGGGUAGCUCAACUACACUGGAUGUUUCUGUGGAGUGUGCUGGAAUGCUGGAGAGACUGAUGCUGGCGCAGGCACAGGAAUGUGUUUUCGAGAAUUCUAUUGCGAAGGGAAAUACUCCUGGGGUCUGUUCAAAAAUAUCAAGACAGGUAGGAAUAUAUUAUGAGGAAGCCUUGAAAGCACUUAGUGUUGCUCCUCUCAACCAGCAUUUUGACAAGAAUUGGCUGGCUCAUGUUCAGCUUAAAACCGCUUUGUUUUUUGCUGAGGCUUGCUUCAGAUAUAGCUUAGAGCUACAUGAGAAGGAAGAGAUAGCUGAGGAAAUUACCCGAUUGAGGAGUGGUCUUGGUGCUUUGUCAGACGCAAAGAAGUCAUCUCCUAAGGGUGCAGCUCAGCAACUGGUUGAUGCAGUCAGUAAGCUAGAAGCCACUCUGAACCGUAACUUGGAGCAGGCUGUGAAAGAGAAUGAAAGGGUCUAUCUAAUGAGGGUUCCAACAGCUAGCUCAUUAGCUCCACUUCCUGCAUUUUCAUUGGUCAAGCCAAUGCCAAUGAAUGAGGUGCUGGAUGCAACUAAAGAGAAGAUGUUCGCAAGUCUUGUUCCAGACAAUAGUGCCAAAUCUCUUUCUAGGUAUACAGAAAUGGUGGAUGAUGUUAUUAGGACUCAAGCCGAGAAAUUACAGCAGGCUAGUGAGCUUGCCCGAGUUAGGCUCAAGGAGAUGGACCUGCCAGAAUCCAUUCUUGCUUUGGAAGGGAGUUCUAGUUUGCCAACAGCUCUGAAGGAAGAUGUAGAGGCUGUUCAAGUUUGUGGGGGACCAGCUGGUUUGGAAGGUGAACUACUACAGCUUAAAGAUUUGAGGAGGGUUGACCAUGAAUUGUUAGUGCAAACAGAGGAGCUCUUGCAAAAAGAAGCAACAGAAGACGCUCAGUUCAGAAAUCAAUUUGGAACACGGUGGACUAGACCACAAUCUAGUACUUUGAACAAGAACUACCAAGAUCGUCUAAACAGGUUUGCCGCAAAUUUGAAGCAAGCAGCAGAAAGUGAUACACGGAUAGAACGAUCCGUGAGAGAACAUGCAGCACUGAUGUCAAUCCUAGACCACCGCCCAAUAGAAUCUGCACUACCAACACUGUCAAGGCCGAUAAUGUCCUUGGAUGCUAAUGAAGAUGCUGUUGUGGGAGCCUUGAAGCAGAGUUUGAGGCAUCUGGAGUCUCUUGGUGCUCAAAGAGCAGGCUUGGAAGACAUGCUGAAAGAGAUGAAGAGGAAGGAUGACAUAUUACCCAAACUGAUGACAUCCAGCGGCUCUCACGAGGAUCUUUUUAGGAAGGAAAUUGCUAAAUAUGAUCACAUUUGCCAAGAAAUUGCACAGAAUAUUGAUGCACAAGAGCAGUUGUUGGUGCAAAUUCAGGUACAAAAUGAUAAUUUUGCUGCUGUUUUCAACCUCGAAGACUACAAAGCUUCUCGGGAAAAGUGCUAUAAACAAAUUGAAGCUGCAAUAGCAAAAUAUCGAGAAAUUAAAGAGAACAUUAAUGAAGGAUUGAAGUUCUAUGUUACACUUCAGGAGGCAAUCACAAAUGUAAAGCAGCAAUGCAGUGACUGGGUGAUGACGAGGAAUAUUCAGUGCCGGGAAAUGAUGGAAUCUGUUCAGAGACAGUUUUCUGGGCUCAGUUUUCAGGAUGGCAAAAACACAGGUGGGUAUAACUAUCCUUCAGUUGGACAGCCCCAUCAACCUCAAAGAUCAAACUCCCAACAGCAAACCGAUACUUCGAAUAUGCCAAAUCAGUCACAAGCUCCGACUCCUCCAUACCAGCCUCCACCGCAACCCAAUAUGCCAGGUUAUGCUCAAACUCCUUCACCCUAUGUUUCUCCUCCUCAACAAGUGCCACCCCCUUACCAUGUACCAGCUUCAGGUCCUCCAUACCCGCCUCCCCACCAACACCAGCAACAGCAGCCCCCUGUAUCUCACGAGUAUGGACAACCUGCAUAUCCUGGCUGGCGAGGACCGUAUUAUAAUUCACCUUCUCAGCAGCCAGGUUCUAUGCCUAGGCCUCCUUACACUGUUCAACCUCCAUACCCUCCCCCAAAUCAGAGUGGCUAUUAUAGACAGUAGUCUAUCUUGUCAGCUUUUGCCGCAUACGAAAACUGUGUAUUUGUAAUUCCUUUUUUUUUUUUUUUGGGCUUUUUACCCCGCUGGCACCAAGGAAAGCCAUAUCUAUAAUGUCUAUUAUUGUAUCUAUGUAUACUCUGCGCAAUUGCAGUUUCUGCAACUAAACCUGCUUGGUGAUUUCCUGGACGAGUAACAUAAUUUAUUUAUUUUUUCCUGUUCAAUUUCACAAAUUGAGCUAGAAGAUACGUGUGAUUGACGCACAGAAAGUUGAACUAUUAGUUUCGUUUACAUUUCCUACAUUUAUCUGCACAUAAUAUUUUGUGGUUAUUUUGUAAGAUAGCGUACAUGAAGUUGAAUACAGUGCUAUAUGGAAUAAUUUCCGCAGCAUCUUAGGUCGGUGCUUAAGAAUGGCCAGUUUGAGAAGAUUUUUGAUUAAGC